UAUCUGACUACAACUCCCAGAAGGCAUCUGUUCUGAGAAUCACUUUAACGAACGCGUUGGUUUCAACCAAUCAGAAGACGGCAGCCGCGUGCGUCACGGGCGCUGACGUCAUCCUCUGUUUUCCCGGAGCAGGCUGCGGCGCCAUAUUGGAAGAAGAACCGUUCCGCCGAACGACGAACCCCGCGAUCCGCCGCGAUGCUGUACCUGGAGGACUACCUGGAGAUGAUCGAGCAGCUGCCCAUGGACCUGCGGGACCGCUUCACCGAGAUGCGGGAGAUGGACCUGCAGGUUCAGAACGCCACGGAUCAGCUGGAGCAGAAGGUGAUCGAGUUCUUCGUCAACGCCAAGAAGAAUAAACCCGAGUGGAGAGAGGAGCAGAUGGAGGUCAUUAAGAAGGAUUAUUACAAAGCUUUGGAAGACGCAGACGAGAAAGUCCAGCUGGCCAAUCAGAUCUAUGAUCUGGUGGACCGUCACCUGCGUAAACUGGACCAGGAACUGGCCAAGUUCAAGAUGGAGCUGGAGGCCGACAACGCCGGCAUCACGGAGAUCCUGGAGAGACGGUCUUUAGAGAUGGACAGUCCGUCUCAGCCGGUCAACAACCAUCACGUCCACUCUCACACCGCCACAGAGAAGAGGAAGUACAGCGCUCCGGCUCACCACACCACCGAACACGUUCCAGAGAAGAAGUUCAAGUCUGAAGCUCUGCUGUCCACCUUAACAUCAGACGCCUCCAAGGAGAACACGCCAGGUUGCCGUACCAACAGCACGUCCUCGUCCACCAACAACGUGUACAGCGUGAACUCCUCUCAGCCUCUGGCCUCCUACAACCUGAGCUCUCUGCCGGCGGGGCCCGGGGCCGGAGCCGGGGCCAUCACCAUGGCUGCUGCUCAGGCUGUCCAGGCCACGGCUCAGAUGAAGGAGGGCAGGAGGACGUCCAGUCUCAAAGCCAGCUAUGAAGCCAUCAAGAACAACGACUUCCAGCUGGGCAGAGAGUUCACGUUGUCCCGGGAAAACACCGGAUACUCCUCCUCCGCUCUGGCCUCCACCCUCACCCAGACCCUCACCCCCACCACGGCCUCCGACUCCAGAGGACGCAAGUCCAAAAGCAGCAUCAAGUCUUCCAACCAUCAGUCCUCUUCAUCGUCCUCCUCUUCCUCUCUGUCGUCAUGCUCCUCAUCGUCAGCACUGGCUCAGGAGCUUUCCCAGCAGGCCUCGGCGCUGCCUGAGGCUGAGGCCAACAGCCAGGUGGACUGGACCUACGACCCCAACGAGCCCAGAUACUGCAUCUGUAACCAGGUGUCUUAUGGAGAAAUGGUGGGCUGUGAUAACACAGAUUGCCCCAUCGAGUGGUUCCACUACGGCUGUGUUGGUCUGACGGAGGCCCCUAAGGGGAAGUGGUUCUGUCCUCAGUGUACGGUCGCCAUGAAGAGGAGAGGCAGCCGCCACAAAUAGACCACUUCCUGUCCGCCAUGUUGGAUUUUAACCUCAUGAAACACUGAGGUCAGAGGUCAACAGGCUGCUCACAAACACUCAUUGCCAACAGAAGUCAUUCGUACCGAGAUUCACCGAUGCUUUUAUAUUAAUGUUUCAAACAGGAGUUCUUCAUUCUGUCUUUCUGAAGUCUGUGGAGCCUGAAUGUUUAUGUUCUGAUAUUGAUCUCUGGUUCGUUUCAAUCUUCUUAAUAUCUGAUCAGAUGAUUAAAGAACAAACUUUCUAUGGAUUCAUUACAUUUCGAUCUUUAACAUAAACCUGGGUCCUGGUCUCCUGACUGAGGCUCAUUGACUAAACCAUCCAUAUCUGGACUGAAGAAGUCUGAUCAUUAGUUCGUAUUCCAUAUUUCAAUCUGAGCGGACCUCACACUCUGAGCUCACCUGUCCAGAGGUCAGAGGUCAACCUUUCCCUGCUGAGAGCAGAAGAUCAUCGCCACUGAUGAGACUAAUCCUGAAGACGGUCAUAAAUAUUACAUUUCACCUAAAUAAUCAGAAUUCAGACUUUUCUUUCCUCAACUCUGAUUUAAAUAAUUCUGACUUUAUGAAUCCUGACUUCUUUUUAAGAUGUUCACACUUAAGUCUGGCCUAAUGUGAGAAUCCUGAGUUUAUUAAAUGUUCAGACUAAACUCUGACUUCAUGUAGAAAAAGUUGAGGAUGAAUUUUGACUCGAUUACAUUUUUCUAACUUUGAAAUUCUGACUCAGAACAAUAACUCAGACUUCAUAACUGAUUGAUCUCAGAGCGGGAGCUUUUCUUCCUUUGUUAUAAAACUACAACUACAGAAGCCUGGUUGAACCUGAUGAGAUGAAACAAGUCUCCUCUGACCUCUUAAAGACUGUCUGUCUGUCUGUCUGUGUCCCAGAUGUCUAACAGAAAAAGGUCCAAUAAAAUGAUCCAGAUGUUUUGUAUCUGUUGA